AUGAAUAUAUUCUUCAUCUUUUUCCUGGGUCUCGCCCUGGCCGUGCCCCAUGGCAUGUACGGCCUCAACCCAACCACCAACACAAUCACCCACAUGAACCUGAAACACAGCAUCAUGCACCCCGAAGAUGCCAACACCCACCAGCACCACCAGCGCCACGAGCCCAUGCCCAUGGACACAACCACCAACCCCAAUACAGACCUGAAAGAAACCACCCACCACGACGGCCCCCCACAUCAUGGCGGCGGCGACCAUCAUGGAGGAGGUGGCCAUCACGGCGGUGGCCCUCCCCACCACGGAGGAGGUGGCCAUCAUGGAGGCGGUCAUCACGGCGGCGGUCAUCACGGCCCACCCUACAAACUCCUCUCCGCAAACCCUUUCGUCUUCCCCAACACAACCAACACCACCACGGGUGGCCACGCCAUAAUCCAAAACUCCUGCGCCUACCCCCUUUACCUCUGGUCCGUGGGCGCCUCCGUCAGCCCGCAAUAUACCCUCCCAGCCUACCACAGCUACCGCGAGUCGUUCCGGCACGACGCUGUCUCGGGGGGCAUCGCGAUGAAGAUCACGACUGUGCCAAACGGGCUGUUUACGGGCCGUCCGCAGACGAUCUUCGCGUAUAACUUGAACGUCAAUGCGAGUCGUGUUUGGUAUGAUCUGAGUGAUGUGUUCGGGGACCCGUUUGAGGGGAGUGAGGUGAAGGUGGGUGCUGUGCGGAGGGAUGGGACGACGAAUGUGGAGGGAGGGUUGAGGUGGGAGGAUGGGGUGCCGCCGAGGGGGAGUCAGGUGAGAGUUGUGGAUUCGAGGGAGGAUGUGAAGGUUGAGUUUUGUUAG